CCCAGAGGGAGAACACAUGUUGGAGAAGAAAGCGAGAACAAGAGAGAGAAGGACAUAGAUGAAGAGAGGGGGGAAGAACAUAGACCUCUCUGAGACAUCUGCGGGAUUGCUCUACCAGUGUGUUUAGGAGUGUGUGAUUUUUACAUUUUAACUGACCUUGUGUGUCUCUGUAUGUGACUUUCCCUGGUCAUGGAUAUCCCACUGACCACCCCACUCCUCCUCGCCCUCCUUCUCUGCUCCCUCUCCUUCGUUCACGGGGCCAUGGACUCCUGCUACGAUGACGACGAGGGUGUCCCUAGCCGUUGCAUGCCCAAGUUCGAGAACGCAGCCUUUAACCACACGAUCAUUGCUUCCAAUGUGUGCGGUUCACCGCCAGAGGAUUACUGCAUGCAGACGAGCUCGACGCGCUCCUGCCACCACUGUAGUGUGUCGGACAUGGGCCUCAGCCACAACGCCAGCCUGCUGACGGACUUCCACACGGACGAGGAACCCACCUGGUGGCAGAGCCAGUCCAUGUUCUACAGAGUCCAGCACCCUAACUCUGUUAAUCUCACCCUGCGCCUCGGUAAGGCCUUUGAGAUCACCUACGUGCGGCUCAAGUUCUACACCAGCCGACCAGAGAGCUUUGCCAUCUACAAGCGGACAAAUCAGGAUGGACCAUGGGUGCCCUACCAGUACUACAGCGCCUCCUGUAGCAAGACCUACGGGAAGAACGCCAAGGGAUAUAUCCGCCCGGGUGACGACGAGAGGAUGGCAUUGUGCACAGACGAGUUCAGUGACAUCUCCCCUUUGACCGGGGGAAACGUGGCCUUCUCUACUUUGGAGGGACGACCCAGCGCAUAUAACUUUGACCAGAGCGCCGUGCUGCAGGAGUGGGUGACAGCCACCGACCUGCUGAUCUCUCUGGACAGGCUCAACACUUUCGGAGACGAGUUCUUCAAGGACGCCAAGGUGCUGCGAUCCUACUUCUACGCCAUCUCUGAUUUCUCUGUGGGAGCCAGGUGUAAGUGUAAUGGCCAUGGCAGUGAGUGUGUGUUGGAUGAGCAGGGGGCUCUGGUGUGUGACUGCCAGCAUCACACGGCCGGGGUGGACUGCCAGAAGUGUCACCCGUUCUACCAGGACAGGCCAUGGGCCAGGGCCACCGGAGACUCUGCCAACCAGUGUAUGAAGUGUAACUGCAGUGGGCGAGCGGAUGCAUGUGUGUUCGAUGCGGAGCAGUACCGUAGCACAGGGAGUGGGGGGCGCUGUGUGGACUGUAGGGACCACACUGACGGACCGCACUGUGAACGCUGCAAAGAGAACCACUACCGACGGUCACCACGGGACCUCUGCCGCCCCUGCGACUGUAACACCAUAGGUUCUGUGAGUCUGCAGUGUGGUGCAGAGGGGAUGUGUACGUGCAGACCCAGUGUGAUGGGGGAGAAGUGUGAUACCUGUCAACGCGGCUUCCACUCGCUCAGCCCUGGUGGCUGCAGGUCGUGUGACUGUGAAACCAGGGGCAGUGUUGGCAUCUGCUCUACGCUGGACGGCAGUUGUCACUGCAAGGACAACGUGGAGGGACAGGCGUGUGACAGGUGCAAGCCAGGCUCCUUCAACCUGCAGGAGAACAACCCAGCUGGCUGCACCUCAUGUUUCUGCUUCGGACACUCAUUGGCCUGCAGAUCCUCCAAUGACCAUGCAGCUGUCAACAUCACUUCUGACUUCCUUGAAGACCCAGACCGCUGGUCUGGACAGUUCUCUGGGGGACAGGAGUACCCUCUGCUGUGGAAGGAAGGUGAGGUCUACCUGCUACCACUCAGUGAGGAUGACCUGGGCUUCUACAGAGCUCCAGAGAAGUUCCUGGGGAACCAUCUCCUGAGCUAUGGCCAGCUCCUCUCCCUGACCUUCACGGCCGAGGCCCAGUGCCUCCUCCCUCACAGUGUCACUGUGCUUCUGGAAGGAUCUGGAAUCACCCUGUCAGCUGACCUUUUACCCCAACCUGGACUUGUCCACCAGCCAGGCCUCGCUCCCCAGCACACCUUCACUCUCAGACUUCACAAGGAGGAGACAAGACUGAGGCCUUUUCUGUCUGCCUUCGAGUUCCAAAGUCUUCUCUUCAACCUCACUGCAUUCAGGAUCAGCAACGCAGGAGGACACAACUACACGUCCCAACUCUCAGGGGUAACCCUGGCCUCCGCUGCCCACUCCUCCAGCCCUGUUACAUCCUCUACCCCCCCUGCUCCCUGGGUUGAGGUGUGUACGUGCCCCCCGGGGUUUGGGGGUCAGUUCUGUGAGCUCUGUGCCCCAGGCUACACCAGAGAGGUCCCUAACAGAGGACCCCUGUCACCCUGUGUGCCCUGCACCUGCCACCAGCACGGACCCUGCCACCCUGAGACAGGUGUGUGUAAGUGUGCAGAUUUCACCACAGGACCAACCUGCGAGCACUGCCUGGAUGGUUACUAUGGCAACGCGUUGAUUGGCACGACCAACGACUGUCAAACUUGCCCCUGCCCGGACCGCACCAGCUGUGCUCAAAUUAUGGAGAUUGGGGACGUGGUCUGUACCAACUGCCCUUCAGGACAGAGGGGAACCAGGUGUGAGUUGUGUGAGGACGGUUUCCACGGCGACCCCCUGGGCCGUUCUGGGCUGGUUCGGCAGUGCGAGCGGUGCGACUGUAACGGUAACGUGGACCCCAACGCGCUGGGCGUGUGUGAUCACAUGACGGGCCGCUGCUUCAAGUGUCUGGGACACACCGAGGGAGACCACUGUCAACGUUGUCGACGCGGUUACUAUGGAGAUGCCAUGGACCGGACGAUGGCCGGGAAGUGCAAACCCUGCGACUGCAGUCCUGCAGGGACUUCUGGGUUGUUGGAGGACUGCGACCCCCAGACUGGAAGUUGUCAGUGCCUUAGUCAUGUGACCGGGCGAGACUGUGGCCAGUGCUCAGUCGGCUUCUUCAACCUGCAGCAUGGAGUAGGCUGUGAGAGGUGCAACUGUAACCCCAUUGGCUCGUCUUCCGCGGGGUGCCACCCAAUCACAGGGCAGUGUGUGUGUCAGCCGGGACUGGAGGGGCGGCUGUGCAGCACCUGUCGUAUGGGCUUCUUUGGUUUCUCCUCACGAGGCUGCAGAGCCUGUAACUGCGACCCUAUGGGUUCCCGCUCCAUGCAGUGCCACACCAACGGCACCUGUCCCUGCCGCCAGGGCUUCGUGGGGUACAAGUGUGACCAGUGUGAGCUCAACUACUUCCACAACAGAGCCACGCACCAGUGUGAAGAGUGCCCCGUCUGCUACGGGCUAGUCAAGGAGGAGGCAGGGAAGCUGAAGGCACGGCUGCAGGAUUUGGAGAAGCUCCUGGCACGCUUCGACUGCCGGAAUGGCUCCGGACGCCAGCAUCACGUGCGCGAGUAUCACGUGCGCCAGCAUCACGAGCGUGGCCAUCAGGGGGAGGACAGCCUGCCCAAUGCGCUGGAGGACUUCCUGGCUAUCCAAGAGGCAAAAGAAGCCUUUGUCAAACAGUUUGCUCUCCUGGAGACGUCUACACACACUCUCUCAGCUCAGCUGCACACUGUUGCCACCGCUAUGAACUGUAGCGCCAGCAUGGAGGAAGAGCAGGAGGAAGGGUGGAGAACAUUGUGCAGGACCCUUGCUGACUCUGUGUCUGUGGUUAGAAGUGCACAGACCCAGCUGAUGCAGGCAACUCUGGACCUGGACAACAUGGUCAUCCCUUUCAAGAUGACACCUGUGCCCAACCGCUGGAACUCUGCGGUGAACGAAUCAGAGAUACUUAUGAAAAGUCACACAGAGAUGGCUGGUCAUAUAGAGUCUAUAGCGACCAAAGCUUUCAUGGCCUCCAACCAGACCUACUCUCUCCUGAUGGACCUACUGGAGGACAACUCUAUUGAGGAAUACAUCAGCAACCUCACGGAGCAAAUGGCAGACAUGCAGCAGAUGAAGGAGAAUUUGACGGCCCAGGUGAAUGAAACUCUAGCCAUUCAGCUGUCUCUGGAGGAGGAGUCUGCUGAGAUCAUGGUUGCCUUUGUUAACCUCACAUCCUCCAUAUUGGAGCUGUCCAAAAAGAUGCCCAACCCCACAUCAGGAACCAACCAAUCAGACCCCAGCCUAAGAUCGGGUGCCAACCAAACAGAGGGUGUUGAGCUGAGCAACAGGACAUCUGAGCUGGCGUUCCAUGUCCAGUCUAAAGAAGAACUGGCCAGUAAGAUCAGAGAGGAGAUGGAGCCUCGAAUACAGACCGCCCACAAGAACCUUGCUGCCGUACAGGACAUGCACAAGCUGACAGUUCAAGCCCAGGGGUCAAAGGUCAUUGCCCUGUCAUCGGUGGUGACAGGGAAGGAAGUGGAGUCAAAGGCCAUUACCCUGCGGAGAGAACUAGAAGACAUGCAGAGAGAGUGGCCUCAAAGGCAGGCCCAGACGAAGGCUGCUCUGAAGAGGGAGAGGCUGCUGAGGGAGAAGGUUCUGGAAGACGUCAGUAAGAAGGUGAACCAGACCAAGCGAGUCCUUAGGCCUGCCUUGGAGAGCGCUACCCUCUCCAACGCUACCGCUCAAGAAGCAAAACACACCGCAAAUGCUCUGUCUAAAGAGGCCAAGGCCACCCUAACCCAGGGCAAGCACACGAGGACAUUGUCUGCCCAGCUCAGCUCAUCUGUAGACAUAACCCUGCAGCAGCUGGAGGAGCAGGAGAACCACACUGUUCAGGCACAAACCCAGACAAACGCAGAGCCUGUAGAGUCUCUGGCCAGUGUAAAGGUGAACAUCCAGGCAGCUCAGCUUCAGCUUGAGGCCUACUCCCUCACACUCACCCAGCUCGUCAAUAAAAUAGAUGGGGGCAUGGCGCUGGAACGGUUUGAACAUAUACUGAGUGAGACGGCGGUGCGGUUGAGUGUUCUGCGUGGCAGCGUGGAGAGCCCGGCCCUGAACGGGAAGAUCCAGACCCUGCAAUCAGCCGCCCAGGACCAGAACAGCCAGCUGACCCACCUGGAACAGGACCUGCAGGAGAUCAGACAGGAGAGAGACAGUCUGAAGGACAUUGCCCUGCACCUGCCCCAGACCUGCCCUCAGGCCUCGGGGAUAGAGGGACACUAGGAUCGAGGCACCAGGAGGACACUAGAGCCCUAGUCCAUGCAUUCUACCGCCUUCCUGGUGUAUACACACUCGUUCACACCACUUCAAUGAUUUAAAAGAGAGGUCCCACCAUGUUUCUUACACCAGAAUAUUUGUAAUUGGGCAUAGGAAGGUGAAGAGGGGACAAGUAGGGCCACAGAUGAUGGAUAGGACAUUGGUAUUUGAAUUAUUUAGGGGAGAUAAUAUCUGAGUCCCAAAUUGCACCCUAUUCCAUAUAGUGGACUAAUUUUGACCAGGGCCCAUAGGGCAAAAGUAGUGCACUGUGUAGGUAUUAGGGUGCCGUUUGGGACACAGCCAUAGAUGAGGAGUGUAGGUGGAAUCAUCCAGGUAUCCUUCUUAGUUUGUUCUUCAGUACUGUGGUUGUGCAUCCCCCUUUGCUGCAGUACAGUCACACAGUUCUACCACUUUGUCUCUGUGCUUUUCAAACUUUGACCUCUACUAUACUGACCUGGCUGAUACCGUCAGUACCACUAAAUCAAAUCGUAUUGGUCUUAUACACAUAUUUAGCAGAUAUGCAGCCAUAAGCAGUUUUCCAUUGCCAUUGCCUGCUUUCAACUUCCACCAUCAUUAUCACGUUCUUUCUUUUAAUUCUACCCCUCACUCCUUUUUGGCUUUAACCGUCCUCUCUCCUGUUCUAGCCUCUUAAUCCCCUCUCUCCAUCCCUCCUUCUAAAUCCAUAUCACCCCUGCCCUGUUUCCUUAGUGUUUAUGUUCAUUCUCAUUUAAUUUCCCCGUUCAUAUUUCCAACAGCAUUUGAAUUCAUCUGUGAAUAAUAACAGUCAGCUAGCUCCCUGUGUUCUAUCAAGUUUUAAAUAAUGCUGAUUUUCCACUUUGGAGGAAGGAGUGUUUGCGCUGUGGCGCUUCUCCAACCUGACACAUUCAUUUACACUUGAGUUAUUUUUCAUCAGCCCACCAUAAUUAACAAUUAGUCAUUUUGCCCUCUGUAGGGUUCAGCCUUCUACUGCAAACACACAGCCACAGACACACACACACACACAUAGUUUGGGAUUCUGCGUGUGCCCCUCGCUUUUCCUCAAUCUCCUUUUUUCACUUUUCUCUAAAACGUUCUACCUUUCUAUCUUUCUUUCUCUUUCUUUCUCUCUCUGAGCAAAUUAUCUUCUCUUGUCUGGCAAAUGGAAAAGUACUAAAACAGCUAAAUGUUUGUUUUUUCUAUGUGGGUACCUGAGGCUGGAAUACCUGCUGAAUUAUGGAAAAUAUAGAAAUGGGACCUCUGCUAAGACUAUGUUCCAUUUCAGCAGGUGAUUGUAUUUUGUCAGACAACAAAUAGUAUAUGAUUGGUUUUGUGUUUAGAUAAUUGCCAGAAAAAACUGUUGAAAGCAAAAAAUGAAAAUAAAAUGGAUUGUGUGUGUGUGUGUGUGUGUGUGUGUGUGUGUGUGUGUGUGUGUGUGUGCGUGCGUGCGCAUGUUUGUGUGAUUUUGUAAACAACAUCUCUUUGCAAUAUCUCCUUCUGGCCACAUAUUGGUGCUGUUUACUAGUAUUGAAGAAACAAGCACAGCAAUUGCCAAAGCCAUAGACAAGACUGUAUAAUGAACACCUAAAAAUGUAUGCUGAGUCAAAUAUCGAUGAUGAAAAGCAGUGAUAGAAGUGCCUUAUAUAAAUAAAAUUGUUAUUACAUUAAUAACUUCA